GCCAAAGAGUUCUUUCAACUUUAAUUGUUAUUCAUGUUUAACUUGUAAAUCUUUGAAGUCCCAGGUGCAGUGUGCCUCAUCAGCUUCAUUGUUGGGACUUUGCUGAGCGGCGUUGAUUGGUCCUGAGAGCUCUGAUGUCACCGCCUGCUCUGAUGUCCCAGCCAGUGCAGCAGCUCGCGCAGGCUUAGACAGAGAUAGAGGAGCUCCAGGUGGAGUUGGAGCGCGAGAGCUGUGGCUCGUGCAGUCAGGAAAAAGGCUGCCUUGCACUUGCCUGGAUGAACCCGACCUGGUCCUACACCCAGCGCAGCAGCCCGUCAUGGGGGACGGUGGCGCGUCCUCUCCGGUGAACUUCCAGAAUGACUCGUUGGACGCGUUGGACGCACCGGACUCUGCUUCCUCCGCGUCCGAGCAGUGGAUGGUGGGGAUGAGCCUGGUGAUGGGUUUUAUCGUCCUGUUCAUCGUAUUUGGGAAUAUUCUAGUGAUUGUAGCCAUAGCCAGGACGCAGAGGCUGCAGACGCUCACUAAUGUCUUUAUUGUGUCUCUGGCGAGCGCGGACCUCAUCAUGGGACUGCUCGUGGUGCCGUUUGGCGCCGCGCUCGAGGUGCGCGGCUCGUGGCAGUACGGCUCCUUUUUCUGUGAGUUCUGGAUCUCUGUGGAUGUCCUCUGCGUCACAGCCAGCAUCGAGACCCUGUGCGUUAUCGCAAUAGACAGAUACGUGGCCAUCACGUCGCCUUUCCGCUACCAAUGCUUGUUAACCAAAGCUCGCGCCAAAGCGGUGGUGUGCAUAGUGUGGGCCAUUUCUGCGCUCGUGUCAUUUCUCCCCAUUCUCAUGCACUGGUCUCGGGACAGCGUGGACACAACCUGCUACGAGGACCCGGAAUGUUGCGACUUUGUCACGAACAGAGCUUACGCCAUCUCCUCAUCCAUCAUUUCGUUUUACAUUCCUCUUCUGGUCAUGAUUUUUGUUUACGCCCGCGUGUACAGGGAGGCGAAAAAGCAACUAAGGAAGAUUGACAAGUGCGAAGGCAGGUUUCACAACACCUUAACGGGACUGACCUCCAAGUGCAAGAAGAAGCCGUCUAAAAUCCUCGCGCUCAGGGAGCAGAAGGCGCUAAAAACCCUGGGCAUCAUUAUGGGGACGUUCACUCUGUGCUGGCUGCCUUUCUUUAUUGUGAACGUGGUGCGGGUGUUUAGCGCAGAGGUGGUGGACAAGAACCUUUUCGUGUUCUUAAACUGGUUGGGGUACGUGAACUCAGCCUUUAACCCCAUUAUAUACUGCCGAAGCCCGGACUUCAGGAAAGCGUUUAAGAGGCUGCUGUGCUGUCCGAGGCAGGCAGACCGCAGGCUGCACAUCAGCUCCUGCGACCUGUCCCGAUGCUCCGGCGGGUUCGUCACGGCUCUGGAGCCCGGGGCGCUGGGGAUGUGGUCGGACUGUGGAGUCUUGGACAACAGUGACAGCAGCCUGGUGGGGGGCGUAAAGCUAUCUAACCCUGAAUCACAGCUGUGAAGGAAAAAAAACAGAACUUUUUUUUUAAGGAUUACUGAAGGAAGGGGCGCGCGAGCCGUACCUUGUAGUUUUAUUGGUAUUAUUUUUGUCUUUUAUUUUUUAAAGCCAUAUUUAUUGAUAAGGAGUCGGACAAAUUGAUUUAAUCCCCCAAACUAGGCCAUUAGAUAUUCCAAAAUCUAAUUCAGCAGAAUUAUUAAACAGCCCAAAAUGGAUGGGCUUAAUGCACCAAAAGGACUCCUGCAGUUAGUUUUUCUUAAGUUCAUGCUGCAUUUAAAAGACAGUAUAUUUAAGCGAUUUAAGUAUCCUUAAACGAGCAAUUUCCCCUAAAAAUGACCCCUCAGGCGCACCGUAACAAACUAUUCUAUUUAUUUAUAAGCUUGGACGAGCGCGAGGCAUUUGUCAGUGUACUCCUGUAAUGUUAACUAAGUGUUUCACCGUUUUACCUCACGACCAUCGACAAGUGCAAUUCGUACGGCAGGUAUUUGUUUAUAUUAAACAUAAAUGUAAAAUAAAAAUGUAUUUAUUUCGCGCUCUCCUUUUACAAUCAAGAAAAGUGCGCGUGGGGCUGAUAUUCCUGCGCUCUUUGUACAUAUUUAAAACAAACAAACUGGUGUUUAGUACUGAAGUGAGGAUUUGAGCCUUUCUCUUUGUCUUUCUCAUUUUAGCUUUACAUGCUGUUGUCAGGUGGUGUGUUUAC